AUUUAUUCACGAUCCAAUUCCAAGCAUUUAUCUAAGAACUCUAGAAGCUCCAGAAAGAAUCAUAGAACUCUAGAAGAAGACCUCGAUCAACGGCGCCCUGUGAUCGUCGCCACUCACUUGAGCCGAUGCCUGGGAUAUACGGACUUGCCAUCUUGCCGACGUGGGACCUUGGAGACGAAUGGUCGAAUCUGUUAUAUUUUCCUCAAUGAAAGGUGAAAAGGUUCAAUUUUGAUUUGAUUUCAUGCCUUUUCGCCGUGGAAGGGUUUAGUCCCAAAUGAGGAUGCAGUCCAGCUUUUCUCGGAAUCUAUUCACUUCUUCACCGCAUUUGACUCCCAUUCAACUCCCGUCUCCAAAUGAAACACAUUUAUGGUAUGUAAAACCCGAUGAAGUGAAGAGCCAGGCACUGUUAGAAAAAUACAUGGAAAUUUUGUCACCAGCUGAGAAGGAAAAUGUGCUUCGAAUGGCUGGAGAUGAGCACCAGAAGACUGCACUGCUUUCUCGAGCAUUGGCCCGAACAACCAUUGCCCGAUAUCAGAUCAGUUCUGCUGUUGAUCCAAGAUUUCUGAAAUUUAGAAAGAACAACUAUGGGAAGCCUGAAGUAGAAUGGCAGCACAGUGAUCAUUGGCAGUCACCCCCAUUGCAUUUCAAUAUGUCACAUACAAAUUCUCUUGUAGCUUGUGGUGUAACGGGUGGUUCUCCAAUAGGUAUUGAUGUAGAAGAAAAGCUGAGGGCGGUGAGAAACAAUGUUUUAAGCUUGGCUCGGAGAUACUUAUCAGGGCCCGAAUUUGAAUUUUUGAGUUCGAUAAAGCAUUCCGAAGCUCAACACCAGGAAUUUAUAAAGCUUUGGACCAUGAAGGAGGCAUAUGUCAAAGCACUGGGUGUCGGGUUCUCAGGAUCCCCUUUCAAGACAUUUACUCUUCGUUUUAGGCGCUCCUCCGAAAGAAGCUCUCUUCUCUCUUUGAAUUCUGAUUACAGGGCUCUUGAAACAGCAUUGGAUCAACAGGAGGAUCUUCAAAAAAUGAUGGGUUAUUGGCAGUUUGCGCUUAUUGAGUUAGAUGGUUCUCAUUAUGCUGCCAUUUGCACCAAAAAAGGUGAAGGUAGUAAAUCAAUGAAAGUAUGGAAGACAAUUCCAUUUCAGGAAGAUGUGUGUGUUUCCGGAACUGAUGCAGUUGUAGAAGUGAAUGACUUGGUAUAAACCUUUAGUUAUUGGAAGAAUUGGAAUUUGACUCCUGGGAAUUAUUCUCAUCUGUAACCUUUAGUGUAUGCAUAUAUAUUUGCAGGGCCAAACUCCAAUGUGAAUGGGCAUGCCUUCACUUUUCAACAAGGGCAGCUUAUAUGAGGAGCUUUAUGUCCUAGUAGAAUAUAAUUAACUAUUAAGUUUUACAAGUAAGAUUACUAACAUAGGCCUGCUG